CAAUCCCAUCACAACGCGUCGUUCUUGCUGGAGGGUGCUUUGACCGAGCCGUGGCCGUAUGUCGUUGCACCGCGGAAUUCUCUGGUUUGCGCCUCUCGAUUGCUUUCGUCCGAGCGACCUCUUCGUAUCGACAUCGACGAGAUUGAACCCUUUCCUCUGCGCAGACACCCCCGGCCGGCCCCUUCCCCUCCGCUCAGCCAGUCUUCUUAGUCCUUCAAGAACCUCACCGUCUGUCUCACCGUCGACUUCACACCAGGAAGAAAACGCAGCAAAAACCGCAUCAAAAUGGCUCACUCUAACGUUUGGUUCUCUCACCCCCGAAACUACGGAAAGGGCUCGAGGCAGUGUCGCGUCUGUGCUCACCAGGCCGGUCUCAUCCGACGAUACGGUCUUAUGAUCUGCCGACAGUGUUUCCGAGAGCGUGCCGCUCAGAUCGGAUUCGAGAAGCACAACUAAACCGAUCCAAGAUGGAAGUUUAGCUCAACGGCUGUCGGUGAAGGACUUUGGUGGAUCUCGAGCGUCUUUUAGGAAUAAGGCGGAUCGGGACUGGACGAGGCCGUCGUCGUGGUCGUUGGGUGUGCAGAGACGGAUACCUGGGAAUAGGGAUGAUGUAACGAUGAUGAUGUCGAUGGGGCUUUUUUAUCGGAUUCAUCUUCACCUUUUUGUGU